CGUGUCGAUAACGCAUCCACGCAUUGACCUUCGUGGACGUCUUCCCAAGGCUAGAACCGGCCUCGUGCGGGAAGAACCGGCACGAGGCUCAAUUUGGUUCCGAGAAAAAAUAGAUGUAACGGUUUGUUGACUCGGUUUGACUAGCAACUAUCAUGUCCACGCUUACCAUGACUCAGAGUCACCAGCAAGGACGAUUUCGCUCCUUCUCCCUAUCCCUUGUAGCUCGGCAUUCCUCCCCAUUAUUAGCUCUCCCCGCUGAGCUUAUCAUCGAUAUUAUCACCUUCGCUUUAACAGAAUCCAAAGUCAAUGCACUCGCGACAAUAUGCAAAGAUAUCACCUGUCUUCUCAACACUAUACUCUACCGCACAGUUUCCUUCAGGUCCACUCGCUCUAUGUCCCUUUUCUACCAGGCCUCCCGGUCGAACCCUUCUUUGACAACCCACGUCAGAAAUUUUACCGUGACCGAGAACUCGGUUCUUGAUGCCAACGGAUGGAGACGUGUAUGGGAUAUCCUAUCUCGAGCCACAGGAUUGUUAUCUCUGUCUCUCAAGGAGGGUUAUCCACCGUCCUCUAUGGCUUUGAUCCUUGCAGAUCCAAGUCAUGACAGUCUUUCUGCAGUCACGAUACAGCGUUUCCAUGCAUCCUCCGCAUCAGUCGGCCCCGCAUGCGUCGCACCUAUAUCUCAUCUCCGUAUAUGUGAACCCAGCGACCAAUGGCACUCUCCUUCUGAGAUCCUAUCGUCGUUUGGUUCACUCCCUGCACUCACCCAUCUACAACUCUGUCGUCGGAUGAAUGGUAAUGAAGAGAAUGACUUGGCCUUUGUGGAAGAGAUUACAUCCAUUUUGAGCGGCCGGGCGCGUCUCAGGAUGCUCGUCGUGACUGUAUUUCCGCAGAUGUCGGCGGGCGAGGAGCAGCUGGUGGAUAGUGGCAUAUGGGGUUUGCUGAAGGCGGUCGCGGAUGAGCGUUUGGUUGUCAAGAGGAGUGGGUAUGGAUUAUGGCUGAAGGACGAUCCUUGGGCGAGUACAUGAAUUUCUUAGACUUUAUAGACUAUCAUUAGAUGUGUAGAUAUGUCAAGAACUAUAUUGGAACUUAUGUUCUCGAAACGCUUUGAGUGCAGGGGAGCUCUAAAGGCCAUUCCAACGAGUUUAGAGAAAAAGCAAGACG